CGCGGCCCGGGAGCGGCGGUGCCGCCAUGUCCCGCGGGCCGGGCCCGGCCGGGGCUCUGCGCUCCCCUCAGGGCCUGGACCUCGAUGCCGAGCGGGAGAAGAUCCGCCGGGAGAUCGAGGAGUUGGAGCGCAGCCUGCAACCCGGCAGGGCCGACAUCCAGCUGGACCUGUCCAACUCCAGCCUCAGCUCUGCAGAUGAUGAUGAUGAAGAUGACGAUGAUGARGAUUCUCAUGCUGAAAUGGAGGUGGAAAGAGAAGAAGACAGCAGUGAUGAUGACGAUGAUGAUGUUGAAAACUUGCCACAGGAUCCAGAAACCUGUCUGCAGAUGAACCAUGUGUACCAGGAAGUUAUCAAGGAAAAGAUUGAGGAAGUGGAGCUGCUCAUUGCACAAAACAAAGAGCAGCAGAAGGAAAUCAUGUGUGAGCUUGAUGGUUCAAAAACAGCAAAGGCAGGAGAUGGCAGAAACCUAGCAGCAAAUGUAUUUUUGGGUCACUUUAUGAAGCCAUACUUUAAGGAUAAAAUAACUGGAAUUGGCCCUCCCUCCAAUGAAGAUGCCAAGGAAAAGGCAGCUCAGGGCAUCAAAUCCUUUGAACAACUGCAUUCAGCAAAGUGGAAAACUGGAGAGAAGACGCUGCUGCAGAAAUCCGUGGUGAGCGACCGCCUGCAACGCCUGCUCCAGCCAAAGCUGCUCAAGAUGAGUUAUUGGAAUCAGAAACUGGAGAAAGUCAACACUGAAACAGAGAAACAGACCUUGGAAAAGCAAAUCAAAGAYUUGGAGCAAGAAAUAGAAGCAAUUAACCAACUCCCAGAAAGUGACUUAAUAGGAAACAGAUUUGAUGAGCAUGACUGGGACAAAAUUUCAAACAUCCAUUUUGAUGGACAACGUAACUCAGAAGAGCUAAGGAAGUUUUGGCAAAAUUGGGAGCAUCCAAGCAUCAACAAAACAGAGUGGACUGAGGAGGAAAUAGAGAAGCUGAAGAAGAUAGCUGCUAAACACAACUAUCUGGACUGGCAGACCAUUGCCCAGGAGCUGGGGACAAACAGGACACCWUUCCAGUGCUUGCAGAAGUACCAAAUCUAUAAUAAAGAUUUAAAAAGGAAAGAAUGGACCAAGGGUGAAGAUCAGAUGCUUUUAGAGCUCGUUCAAGAGAUGAGAGUGGGAAGCCACAUCCCGUACAAAAAAAUUGCUUAUUACAUGGAAGGAAGAGAUUCUGCUCAGCUGAUUUACCGCUGGACCAAGAGUGUGGAUCCCAGCUUGAAGAAAGGACCCUGGACACCAGAGGAAGAUGCUAUGCUGAGAGCUGCAGUUAAGAAAUACGGAGAGAAGGACUGGUACAAAAUCCGUACGGAGGUGCCGGGCAGGAGCGAUGCCCAGUGCCGGGACCGGUACUUAAAAGCGUUGCAUUGGGAUGUAAAGAAAGGCAAGUGGAGCUUGGAGGAAGAGGAGCAGCUGAUUGAUCUGGUUGAAAAGCAUGGCCUGGGUCACUGGAGUAAAAUUGCUUCCGAGCUGCCCCAUCGGACUGGUUCCCAAUGCCUGAGCAAGUGGAAACUCAUGAUUGGCUCUAAGAAGAAAACAUCUGGGGCAGCCAAACGGCGCUACGAUGAGGAGAGCUCCAGCCCUUCAGAGAGCAGCAGCGAGGAYGUGGAGCUGGACUUGGCAGACAGCUCAGAGGAGGAGGAGGUGGCAAGCACCACAAGCCAGGAGGAGUGUGCAGUCCCCAGCAUUGACUUGUGGGUUCCAACAGGGACAGACAGGCAGGAGGCAGCCAAAGGGAGAUACCAAAUCCAAACCCUCUCUGCUUCGAGGGCUGGUGCAGGAACCAGCUGCAGUGAUAUUCCAAGUGCAGCCUGUGAUGGAAAUGGAGCUGCUGAUCAAUCAUCUGAGCUGAACACCCUGCUGAGGGGCAUUGCACAGCCCCAUUCCACAGACACGGUGGUGAAGGAUCCAGCAGAAGUGAUGGCUAAGGCUUCCCAGUGUGGAAAACAAGUGUUGCGGGUUAGCCUGGAGGAUGUGAGAACAAUACUGAGGAAUAACACGAGCUUCCAGAGGAGACUUAUGCUAAAACCUCCUGCCAGCCUUUUAGCCAAMCCCCCUGGAGUCGGUGGAGCUGUUGGCCAGGAUGUCCAACAGGAGCUGCCGGGGAGAGCUCAUUGCCAGGAGAGGGAGCGGUGGAGGAGGCUSAGCCUGGACAGAAAGCUGCUGAUGGCAGUGACCCCUUGGGUGGGCAAUGUGCUGCUGCCCAUCACCCUGCAGGCUGGGAGGAUGGCUUUUCACCACACAAAAGCUGGUGCUAUUCGAGAGAAGGUUAAGUCAGUCAGUCUGACGAGCACUCCCCUGUUCACACUGCUCAUUCAGCUCUUCCAGAUUGAUACCAAGGGCUGUAUGAAGAUCAUUAAAGAGAGGAAGAUGAGGCAGUUAGAGCUGCUUAAGGCUAAUGCAAAGAGUCCUCAGCAGGCUUCCCAAAAUACAGAGACUUCUUCAGGCAGCUCAUCCCAAGCUUGUUCUCAGAGGAAUUCCCAGCGGGGCAUUCCAAGGAGUGCUGUCAGGAGAGCUGCUGCCUUGAGAGCACGGGGAGCUGCUGCCUCAGAGAGCUGUGCCCCAGCCCAGGGGCAAAGGCAAAAGCCUAAAACAGUCUCGGAAUUACUGCGAGAGAAGCGUUUAAGGGAGGCCCAGGCCAAGAAGGCCGUGCARAGGACAGUGCUGGUUGCCCCACAGGUGCUGGUUUCAGGGCCUUUGAUCAUCCAGCAGUCACCACAGCAAAUCAUUCCCCCUGCACAAGCAGGGAGCAAGCCUGCAGCAGCUGCUGGCACUGACAGCCAAGUACAGGGKGCUCCAGUGGCACCAAGGACUUCUGCUGCAGGUUCUGCUCCUGCUCUCGUGCCUGAAAACCAUUCCUCAGCAGUGCCAGAAACCAGGGAAAGCCCUGGUUGCUCUCAGGGCACAGAUCUGCAGUCCAAGAAGGAAGUAAAAGAGCAGGCUUUGGAAAGCAGCCCUGAAGGAGGGGUUUUUCCAGGCAUGAAKGCAGCUGCAGCAGAGAAGGCCCCAGAGCAGGGAGGGUGCAGUGGUCAGGUCGUUUCCAGUAGCUCAUCUUCAGUAGUGUUGCCCAACCAGGCUUUUGUGCCACACCAGAUCACAGUGGUGCCUCUUGGCCUGGAUUCUGGCACCAAGAAAUUGUCCCUUUCCACACCAGUCACCUGUGAGCUGAAGAGUAAUGGGCCACAGCAGAGGCCAGUCAGCCUGCUGCCUGCUCUUGUCACUCCACAGGCUGGCUCUCCUGUCAUUCCCAACAGCAUCCUGCCCUUCACGUGGGUUGUAACCCCACAAGCUCUGCUCCCCAGUGCUGUGCAGGCUGUGGUGGGUGUUCCCCAGGCAAUUCCAGCUGCUGCUGGGAGCAGUCAGUGUCAGACAGCUGUGACCUCCAGUGGCAAUGUCUCCACUUUGGGAGGGACUSCAGUGCCAGCUGGAGCAAAUCCACCUCACCCCAGCAGUGCAGAGACAAAAGGGCCAAGUUCCCAGGUGGCAGGAGUUCCUUUGGGAAAGGAUGACCAGUCCACARCUCCUUUACCUGUGAGCUCAGCGAGUCCUGGAUGCACCACAUCCACCAUUUCUGCUGCACCCCCUGCAUGUUCAGAGGGCUCCUCCACGGCUUCGGACUCCUCUGCAGCUCCAGCUGCCAGCCCAGCCCUGUGUGCYGUGGUGCUGCCCCAAACACAGCUCCCUGCCAGCCCCCAGGGCUCUGAUUGCCAGCCUGUGCCCAGCCUCACCAGCUCAGGAAAGAGCAGCGACUCCAUCACAACAAACGGAUCAUCCUCCAAUCCYGACAGCAUCAGGAAAGGGGUUGUGCCCCAGCCAGGAGCUGCAGCUCCUCACAGCAAUGCCCCAGGGAGCUCGGAUUGCUCUGGUGCCCAGGCACUGAAGAACMGACCCAUUGCCUCCAAACCACCGAGUGCUGAUGUCCCCCCCCAGCCAAGCACUUCCAGUGCAGAGAAGAAUCUCCUUGACUUCAGCCUGAUCUCCCUGGAAGACGAGGGGCUGGUGAAGGAGUGGCUGAGUGGCAAACGAGGGGUCCAGGUGCCAUCCCUGCAAACCAGGCUGCCUUAUUUGCCACCUUUUCUCUGCAACAUAAAAACCCUCUCGAAGCUCCUUGUGCAGAAAGCAGCUCUGGAAGAGCGAGCAGCCUCUCUCCUGCCCUCUGAGACCAGCGGGGAUGGGGGCACUGGGGAUGUUUUCCAUGCUAUUGGAGAACUGGUGCAGCAGAAACUGGGUGAUAACCCUGCUUACCUCCUGCUGAAAGCCAGAUUCCUGGCAGCCUUCACYCUCCCAGCUGUCCUGGCAACUCUGCCUCCUCCCAAAGUGACAACAACUCUGUCAGCCAGCAGGAAGCAACAUGAGGAGAGUGAUGACGAGGAGUGGCAGAGUGAGAAAGAAGUGUCUGAGGAAGAGAGUUGUGGGAAUGAAUUAACACGAGUACGGGAGGAUUGGAGAGUUGGGGAUGAGCCUGGAAACAAAGAUGCUGAUUUACUAAAUCAGGGCAUGAGGGCUGAAGAGAGCACUGCUCAGUCUGCCUUGGACUCCUGCACUGAUGUGGCUGAUGCCAGAGCUCCUGAAAUCAGGAGAAGUGCCCGCUUCAGGAAGAGGAGGAGGAGGAUAUGAGCAGGAAAUGUAGGUCACAGGAAUGAGUUCUGCCUUCCUGMGUGGCAGGAGGAGAUAAUCUUUGCACUGUUCACUU